AUGGGCGAGAAGCGCUUCGAGGUGCUGGAGAGCGGCGCGAGGCGUGGGAAAGACGCGCGGCUCGCAAAGAGGCGCGUCGGCGACGGUAUCGCCCGCGUCUACGGCCUCAACAGCGUCCAGGCCGGCGAGAUGGUCGAGUUCGCGUGCGGCCUCCGGGGCAUGGCGCUCAACCUCGAGGAGUCGUCCGUCGGCGUCGUCAUCUUCGGCGACGACCGCGAGAUCCUCGAGGGCGACGCCGUGAAGCGCACGGGCGCCAUCGUCGACGUGCCCGUGGGCAAGGGCCUCCUGGGCCGCGUCGUCGACGGCCUCGGCGAGCCCAUCGACGGCGCGGGCCCGCUCAAGGACGUCGUCCGCGGCCGCGCGGAGGUCAAGGCGCCGGGCAUCAUCCCGCGCCAGUCCGUGUCCGAGCCCGUGCAGACGGGCCUCAAGGCCGUCGACGCUUUGAUCCCCAUCGGCCGCGGCCAGCGCGAGCUCAUCAUCGGCGACCGCCAGACGGGCAAGACGGCCAUCGCCAUCGACACGAUCAUCAACCAGAAGACCAAGGGCGACGACGCGUUGAUGUGCAUCUACGUCGGCGUCGGCCAGAAGCGGUCGACCAUCGCCCAGCUCGUGGGCCAGCUCGAGAUGGCCGAGGCCAUGGGCAACUGCAUCGUCGUCGCCGCCACCGCGUCGGAAUCCGCGCCGCUCCAGUUCCUCGCGCCCUACACGGGCUGCUCCAUGGGCGAGUACUUCCGCGACAACGGCAUGCACGCCGUCAUCUUCUACGACGACCUCUCCAAGCAGGCCGUCGCGUACCGCCAGAUGUCGCUCCUCCUCCGCCGCCCGCCGGGCCGCGAGGCGUACCCCGGCGACGUCUUCUACAUCCACUCGCGCCUCCUCGAGCGCGCGGCGAAGAUGGGCAAGGCCGCGGGCCUCGGGUCGCUGACGGCGCUGCCCGUCAUCGAGACGCAGGCCGGCGACGUGUCCGCGUACAUCCCGACGAACGUGAUUUCCAUCACGGACGGCCAGAUCUUCCUCGAGAACGAGCUCUUCUACCAGGGCCAGCGCCCGGCCAUCUCCGUCGGCCUCUCCGUCUCCCGCGUGGGCUCCGCGGCCCAGGUCAAGGCCAUGAAGCAGGUCGCGGGCACGAUGAAGCUCGACCUCGCGCAGUACCGCGAGGUCGCGGCGUUCGCCAAGUUCGGCUCGGACCUGGACCCCGCGACGCAGCAGCAGCUCAACCGCGGCGUGCGCCUCUACGAGCUCCUCAAGCAGGGCCAGUACCAGCCCCUCGAGUGCGAGGAGCAGGUCAUCAUCCUCUUCGCGGGCGUCCGCGGCUACAUCGACGCCGUCGACGUCUCCGCGAUCCAGGACUACGAGAAGGCCUGGCUCGACCACGUCAAGACCUCCCACCCCGACAUCAUGAAGACCAUCGUCGGCGAGGGCUUCGUCAUCUCCGACGCCACCGAGGCGAAGCUCGGCAAGGUCUGCGAGGACUUCACGGCCGCCUUCUCCGCCUAG